AUGCAAUACAAACGAGUUCUCUACGAGGUUGAGCACGGCGGGGCGCGCUUUCUGCCCGAAUGGGAUCCGAGGACUUUGAUGGUCAAAAGAGUGAUGAAGCGCCUCAUUCCCGUGAGCGGCAUGGAAGAUCAGAACUGGGAGGUCAUGGUCAUUGAUGAUCCGCAAACAGCCAAUGCAUUCGUCCUCCCUGGUGGCAAGGUCUUCGUCUACAGCGGUAUCAUGCCCUUGAUACGGAAUGAGAGCGGGCUUGCUGCAGUCCUGGGCCAUGAAAUAGCACAUAAUCUGGCGGAACAUAUUGCAGAGCGUUUAUCGCAGUCAAUAGGCGUGAACAUCCUGCUUGGAAGCCUGCUAUUGCUCUCAGUAGCCAUUCCCGGCGGGCUGUUUGUGGUGCAGUUCUUUGGCGGCGGUCUCCUCGAUGUCCUUUUCUCACGCCCGAUGAACCGGCUUCAGGAGAGCGAAGCCGAUUAUAUUGGGCUCAUGAUGAUGGCCGAGGCGUGCUACGAUCCGCGAGAGGCGGUGGAUUUCUGGAAGAGAAUGGACCGACAACAACAAAUACAGCCGCCGGAAUGGAUAAGCACUCAUCCCUCGAAUCAACAUCGCAUACAGAAGAUCACGGAUUGGCUCCCGAAAGCCAUUGAAAAGCGGGAGGCAAGUGAUUGCUCCGGUACUCAGGGAUUCGCAGAAAUGUUCAGGAGAGCAUUAGAUUUGGGAACUGUCAUGAGCACCUAG